CCGCGGCAGGACGGGCCAGCGGCGCCAUGGAGGGGAGCCCCAUCCCGGUGCUGACGGUGCCCACGGCGCCCUAUGAGGACCAGCGGCCGACCGGUGGCGGCGGGCUGCGGCGGCCCACAGGACUCUUUGAGGGCCAGCGCAACUACCUGCCCAACUUCAUCCAGAGUGUGCUGUCGUCCAUCGACCUGCGCGACAGGCAGGGUUGCACGAUGGUGGUGGGUAGCGACGGCAGGUACUUCAGCAGGACGGCCACUGAGAUCGUGGUGCAGAUGGCUGCGGCCAACGGGAUUGGUCGGCUGAUUAUUGGGCAGAAUGGCAUCUUGUCGACACCUGCAGUCUCCUGCAUUAUCAGGAAGAUCAAAGCAGCUGGUGGGAUCAUCCUAACAGCCAGCCACUGUCCUGGAGGACCAGGGGGAGAGUUUGGAGUGAAGUUUAAUGUUGCUAAUGGAGGUCCUGCACCAGAUGUCGUCUCAGACAAAAUCUACCAGAUCAGCAAAACAAUUGAGGAAUAUACCAUAUGCCCCGACCUUCGAAUUGACCUAUCUCGGCUAGGAAGACAAGAAUUUGACCUGGAGAACAAGUUCAAACCAUUCAGAGUGGAGAUUGUGGACCCUGUUGACAUCUAUCUCAACCUCCUUCGGACUAUCUUUGACUUUAACGCCAUCAAGAGUUUGCUGACAGGGCCCAGCCAGCUGAAGAUCCGUGUUGAUGCUAUGCAUGGAGUUAUGGGGCCCUAUGUAAGAAAAGUUCUGUGUGAUGAACUGGGAGCUCCGGCCAACUCCGCCAUAAACUGUGUCCCAUUAGAAGACUUCGGAGGGCAGCACCCAGACCCAAACCUGACAUACGCGACCACCCUUCUGGAAGCCAUGAAGGGGGGAGAAUAUGGAUUUGGAGCUGCAUUUGAUGCUGAUGGGGACCGUUAUAUGAUCCUUGGCCAAAAUGGCUUCUUUGUGAGUCCCUCAGACUCCCUCGCCAUCAUUGCUGCCAACCUCUCUUGCAUUCCUUAUUUCCGUCAGAUGGGUGUUCGCGGGUUUGGGAGGAGUAUGCCAACCAGCAUGGCCCUGGACAGAGUGGCUAAAUCAAUGAAGGUUCCUGUGUAUGAGACCCCUGCUGGAUGGAGAUUCUUCUCAAAUCUGAUGGACUCCGGACGAUGCUCUCUGUGUGGAGAGGAGAGCUUCGGCACUGGGUCUGAUCACCUCCGGGAGAAAGAUGGCCUCUGGGCUGUCUUGGUCUGGCUGUCCAUUAUUGCUGCCCGGAAACAGAGUGUGGAGGAAAUUGUUAGAGAUCAUUGGGCCAAAUAUGGCCGCCACUACUACUGCAGGUUUGACUAUGAGGGACUGGAGCCUAAGGCUACUUAUUACAUCAUGAGGGACCUGGAGGCCCUGGUUACAGACAAGUCCUUCAUCGGCCAGCAGUUUGCUGUGGGGAGCCACAUUUACAGCAUUGCAAAGACGGACAGCUUUGAGUAUGUGGACCCUGUGGAUGGCACCGUGACCAAGAAACAGGGCCUGAGGAUCAUCUUUUCGGAUGCAUCACGGCUCAUAUUCCGGCUCAGUUCCUCCAGUGGUGUUCGGGCCACCAUCAGACUGUAUGCGGAGAGCUACGAGAGGGAUCCCAGCGGUCACGAUCAGGAACCACAGGCAGUGCUGAGCCCUCUCAUAGCCAUUGCGCUGAAAAUAUCCCAGAUUCACGAGAGAACUGGCCGGAGAGGACCCACCGUCAUCACCUAAGCACAGGGCGGCAGAGCACUGGGAGAGAUGCUUCACCAUGCCUUCUCGCUUCCUGUUUGUGCCUCUUAGGACUCUGGAGAAACAAAAGCUAUUUUGCUGUUGGGGUGGGGGGUA